AACUUCUGUCGAAAAGGCGAUCGCCUCGAGUUUUUUUUGUGUGAUGCAGCGCAGCGAAUCAAAAUAUGUUGAUUGUAAAAAUUAAUUUAAUUUAAGUGCUUUAUCUUGCAGUAAUUAUUCCAAAUAUGCUUCGUAACGUAGUCAGCUGUGUGUUGCUGCGCCCCAGGGCGACAUGCCACCUUACUGCGGCCUCCAUGUCUCAGUACGGGCCGCAAUUCGUGGAACCGGUGUUCAAGAAACACAAGCUAGCAGCCUUGGAAGAAAGCGGAGAGAUUUCCAAAAUUGCCCAUGUUCCCAUCAAGGCAGCAAGGAACAACGAUUCCUGCUCGGUGUUGCACGACGACUUGGUCAGCAAGUUUACGAAUUAUGUAAUGAAGAAGGGCGAGAAGGUGCUCGCGCGGGAACUGGUUGAGAAAGGUUUCGAAAACAUCAAGCGUCUGCAGUUGGAGCGGUAUCACCUGGCAGAAACCGAGGAGGAGAAAGCCAAGAUAGAGCUCAAUCCUCGGGUGCUGCUGCGGAAGGCAGUGGAAAACUCCAGGCCGCUGUUGCAUUUGACUCCGAUCAAGCGUGGUGGGGUGCGGUAUCAGGUGCCCGUUCCAAUAACCGAAAAACGUUCCUACUUUAUGGCUAUGAAGUGGCUUCUGGAAGCGAUUAGGGAGAAGGAACGAACUAUUCAUUUCCCGGAAAAAAUGGCAUGGGAGGUGCUGGAUGCUGCUGCUAACCAGGGUAAGGUAAUCAAACGGAAGCAAGAACUGCAUCGCCAGUGUGAAGCGAAUAGGGCUUAUGCUCAUUACAGAUGGAGCUAAGAACAAUAAAUGUCGGAGAAAUGUUCGAAAAGAAAUAAAUACAGUGCUUGAAGACUUAUAA